AGAAUUGGUGCAUCACUUUUAGAAGAUUAUAUAAAGAGCAAUACCUCAACUAGUGUUAUGGUUAAGGGUUUAGCUGAACUUUGUAUUAAAUCUGGGGAAGAGCAACCAGAAGUUUGUACAGGUAUUUUAAAUAAUUAUGUACCAAUUAUUGUCGAUGUUUUAAUACAAUCAGAUUUUACACCAACAGAAUUAUGUGGAUAUUUUAAAAUUUGCUCAGAUUAUGGCAGCGAUAAUCAAGAUAUUGUAAAGGAAAGACAACAAUCAUCAUUUUCAAAUCCACACGCAGUAGGAUCAACUAAAAAAGAAUAUAAGGAUAUUACCACACAAGAACCAUUAGUUAAAAAUUUAAAGACUAAUAGUACAAUUGGUUACUUUUUACAACUUACCGAUAUUCACUUUGAUCCAGAUUAUAAAGUUGGUUCAAAUCCAAAUUGCGGUAGACCAUUAUGCUGCAGAGAUGGUACUGGUGAUGCCGGUGUCAUUGGUCAUUAUCUUUGUGAUAUUCCACUUUCAACUGUACAAUUAAUUUUCAACCACUUACAAACUUUAACUGAUCAAAUAGAUUUUAUUAUUUGGACUGGUGAUAAUCCACCACAUAACGUUUGGGAACAAAGUCAAACUCAACAAGAAUUUGCAACUCAAACUUUAGCUCAAUUAAUUUUAAAGACAUUCCCAAAUACCCCAGUUUUCCCAGUUAUUGGUAAUCACGAAGCCUAUCCAUCUGAUCAAUAUGUUUUACCAAAUACUCAAUGGUUAUUAGAUUCACUCUAUACCUAUUGGAUGCCAUGGUUAGACACUGAUGCACUCGAAUCAGUCAAGGAAUAUGGUUACUAUACUACUUUACUCCGUCCUGGUCUUCGUGUCAUGUGUUUAAAUACUUUAGAAAACGAUAUGAUUAAUUUCUAUAAUCUUUUACCAACCUAUCUUAAGGGUCCAAACAAUCAAUCAGAUUGGAUGAUCAAUACUUUAGAACAAGCCGAAGGCAAUGGUGAGAAAGUUUUAAUUCUUGGUCAUAUUCCAUGCACCGUUAAAUCAGCCUCAACUGAUCAAUGGUGUGCAAUGUACGAGCAAGUAGUUUCCCAAUUCUCCGAUGUCAUCGUUGGUCAAAUCUAUGGUCAUACCCAUUAUGAUCAAUUCAAUGUCUUCUCUGAUGUCGAAACCCACACUAAACCAACUGGUAUGAAUUACAUUGCUCCAUCUAUGACAACUUACCAAAACCACGAACCAGGCUAUCGUAUCUACGAAUUUGACUACUCUACCAACCAAAUCAUCAACUAUUAUCAAUACCAUGCCAACAUCACUGAUGCCAACAAGAGUGGUCAAAUUACAUUCGAUUUAAUUUAUAGUGCCAAGGAACUUUAUAACCUUCCAGAUCUUACACCAGCCUCAUGGUAUAAUUUAGCCACCCAAAUGAAAACCAAUACAACCCUCUUUAUGGACUACUUUACCAAUCUCUCAUCUUCACCAGAUAAAGAAUCAUGCGAUCAAUCAUGUCAAACUAAAUGGGUUUGUCAAAUCUUUGGUAUUACAUCAACUGAAUUUGAUAAAUGCUAUGGUGUUUAAAUAUAAUAAUAAAUAAAUAAUAAUAAAAAAUAAAUAAUAGUAGUAAUAAUAAUAAUAAUAAUAAUAAUAAUAAUAAUAAUAAUAAUAAUAAUAAUAAUAAUGAUCAUCAUCAUCAACAUUUCAAUAAUAUUUUAAAUUUUCAAAUAAUAAUAAUAUUUAAUUCUAUCGCAUUAUAGUAAUAAUAGUUUUAUUGUAUUAUCAACAUAUAAGUUUUUUUUUUUUAAAAAUUUUCAAAAUUUUUUCUUUCAUUUUUUUUUAUAAAACUAAAUAAAUAAAUCUUUAUUUAAAGUCAUAUGAACAU